UAGAAGAGCUGCAAACCAGUGCCAUUUUCAUGGUGCCCUGAGGAGAAUCCACUGAUGGUGAUCAGCUGGUGCUUAGCCACAGUGGCUUGUGGUAGCACCAAAUGUCCUGUGAGUCUCAGCACUGACUAGCUCAGCUGAUGGCAACAAGGAACACAUGUGGAAGCCAGGAACUGAUUUCACAACAAUGAGACGCUUCACUCACCCACUGCUCAGGAGGUUGUUGGGUCUCUCACCUCAGCGCGUGCAAGGGGGAUUGAGUCCAAGUAAAGGUCCUAUCCUCAGUCCAAAGCAGUUGUCUCUGAGGCAGGGCUGCAGUGCAAGACCUGAGCUCGUUAAUGCCACUGAUGUGGUCAACUACUGGCAGAAGGUGUUUGAGACCAAUGGGAUCCCUGAAGCACAAGAAUCUAGUGAAUAUAUCGUGUCAUUUGUCCUAGGAGCAAAAACAUUUCAGAGCUUGAACUCCAAAAGCCUCCACACUCCGCUUACAGCAGUGCAGCAGGAACAAAUCCAGCAGCUGAGCAGCAAGCGACUAGAAAGGAUGCCGGUGCAGUAUGUGAUUGGUGAGUGGGACUUUCAGGACCUGACUUUGAAGAUGAGACCCCCAGUAUUUAUUCCUCGGCCUGAAACAGAGGAUCUUGUCUCUUUAGUUGUGGAGGAAGAAUCUCGGAAAUGUGAGAAGAAUUCGGGCCUCUGCUUCCCGGUUCCUGUCCCUCAUCCUGUGAUCCUGGAGAUUGGCUGCGGCUCUGGAGCAAUUGCUCUGAGUCUAUUGUGCAAACUGCCACAGAGCCGGGUGAUAGCCGUGGAUAAGGAGAAGGCUGCUGUGGAUCUCACCAAGGAGAAUGCACAUAGGCUGCAGCUCCAGGAGAGGAUGCACAUCUUCCACCAUGAUGUUUCAUACAGUUCUGCCAAGCAGCUGCUCCUCUGGGGCCCCAUAGACAUCAUAGUCAGUAACCCCCCAUACGUCUUCCACGAAGACAUGGCUUCCUUGGAUGCAGAAAUCCUCCGCUAUGAGGACCUUGAUGCACUGGAUGGGGGAGAUGAUGGGAUGAGAGUCAUCAAAACAAUUCUGGCUCUGGCUCCUUCUCUUCUGAAGGAUUCUGGGAGUGUGUUUCUGGAAGUUGAUCCCAGACACCCAAAUAUGGUGAAGAACUGGCUACAGACACACCCCAACUUACUACUUGUCCUUCGUGCCAUUCACAAGGACUUCUGUGGCAAGCCUAGGUUUCUGCACAUCCAAAAACAAAGCAGAUGACAACUGUACCAGAAAUAACUCUUCUUGCAGUAUGCUUUUUGCUGGUGAGCCUUGCUGAACAGCUUGUUGAAAACUGCAUGGCAAAAGGAAUCUCCACUUCAUUCCUCAGUGCAUUGAAUUCUCUGUGCAGUGGCAGACGCCCUCGUUUCCUGAUACAGACUUCAUACAGAGGUGCAGAAGUCCAUCAGAGCAUGCAGAAGUGUUUCGCCUUCCUUGGGGAACUGCAUGCAGCUUUUUAGUUCGCUCUGUUGAGGUGACAUCUACAGCACCUGACAAUUGGUGGAUGCUGCCAGAAACAAUCAAAACAUUGUAAUAAAGAUAGUGCUUCAGAUCAGUGUCCUUACAAGAAUUGCUUUGCAAUUACGUUUUCAAACAUGCUAGCAGACCUGAAUAAACAUCUGGCACCCGUGCAUUGCUUCUCAUAGCAAUAGAAACACCUAACUUCCAUGUAAGGCAUUUAAAUGCAGGACUUUACAAAGAAGGCCAGAAUUGCUACUUUGGUUUUGCAGAUGGAGAAGUUGAAAAAUGGGAGGUGAAAUGACUUGUACAAAAUUUGACAACAGGCUAAGUUUGGAGUAGGACCCAGUCUCUUGACAGCCGUGGGAAUAGCUGAGGUCUGUUUCUUUGGAAAGGAUGACUCAGAGUAGGUCUGCCUGAAACAACACUGAGAGAAGUCCCUGAAAUGGACAGUCAACAUCAUGACACUAUAAAUAAUGGAAGGAUUAAAUUCAACCUGCUUCUUGUUGGUGGUGGUGUCUCCAGUGUUGCAAGUUCCCUUCCUGACCAUAGCUAGCCAGGGAAGGAAACAAAGCAAUUAGAUCAAAGGAUCUGGACUACCAGUCUGAAUGGAAGCAGUUGCUGGCCGAGUGGAGGUCCGUGCUCGGUGGAGGGCCUAAGUGUCCAGACAGUGACAGAUGCUGUCAGGCUCUCUGUCCAGGCUGAACUGGGAGCGCAGAGCCAGAAUCAUUAGACCGCUAGAGGACGUGGGGUACUCGGCUACCUCAGAAGGGACUGUGACUGUCCUAUGGCAACCUCUUCGUCAGUUACAUCCAGAAAGAGCAAAGAGUGAACCAACUCUUAUGAAAUCCAUCUCAUCUGCUUCUUGGUCAGUGAGUUUUUUAUCUCAUUUGUGUCAGCCCUUUGUUCAGCAUCACAACUUUUUCCACCUCAGCAAAGCGCACACAUACACGCACACGUGGUUGCAGAUCCUGAAUUGUGCAAUAAACUCCACGAACAAGAAGUCCCUUGUUUGCAAUGCAAUGAAAGUCUGGCACUGCCAUUACAACACCCAGGAAUGUCUUCAUCUAGAAAAGCAGCAGUGUCAAUGGUGUGAAUGGAGCCAAAGUGGUGCACAAGUCUGGGCAGAAUCCUCUAUCAGCUGUGACUUUCACUCAAGACCUGCAUUGAAAAAGAUCUGCACCAUACAAGAAACACUUUCCCUGAUGCAGCUUUACAUAUGCAAUUCUUAGCAUCUGGAGCUUCAAGGAGCUUCAGAGUCCUGUGUGACCAUGCAGAUUUGCAUUUUCCUUCUGUCCAGCAGGUGAAAAAAACACCCAACAAACGGAAACCCACAGCAUUUUAAGUGCAUGGAACACUUGUAAUAGGGCCACACUGGAGUCUGUAUAAAAGAUGGUGUGAAUUCUCAUCCAGAUGCACUGCUUGCUGCAAACUUUGCAGCAGGAUUUCUCCCUCUAUUCACAGCUCAGUGCUGCUGCCUUGUACUUCAAGGGCAGCUUGUGGAGAACAGUGAAACAAACUCAGUCUGAUUCCUGUUUUCCUUUUUUGUGUGCCUCGAGGAUAUCCUCACAUUCCUCGCAGCUGGUGACUGCUCUAUUUCCCUGAAUCUCAUUCAGAGUACUGUACCUACGAGCCAGAUACUUGUCAUCUCUAAAAGAUGUUUGUUUCCACAGAAGAAUAGCAAUGAGGUUACUGUCUGCUCCCUUCACAGUCAGCUAGGCUGGGAGAAGUCCAAAUAUCCAAUCAUGCCUUGGAAUUCGUAUUACAUGAAGAUAAAGCAGCCAAAAAUAGUUUCCAUGAGCUGGAUGGUUCUAUAGCUUUCUGUGUUUAUCUAAUAGGAGAAUGUUAAGAAGUACAGUAGGUCAUGCACUAAACUGAGCAAAAUCAUGGGGCAUGUGGGAGCUCAUGGAGAUGAGCUUAUCAUUUAUUUAUUUGAUUAACUUAACCUCUCUCUGCUUGAGAAUUGCCUGCAGUUUUCUUGCAUUGCUCUUAUGUUUAUUUGAUAAAAGGAAAAACCAACCCAGCUGUACUGUGAGGAAUUCGAGAUGCUGAAAGAGGCUUUUGGGGAAGGGAGGAGAGAGAGAGGAGAGAUUGCACAGCUCUGCCAGAGCCUUAUUUUUUCCUGCCUUCCAAGAACAGGGCUGUGUUCCAUCCCUUGCCGCCCCCUCAGCUGGUGCUGGGAAGAGCAGCUGAGUUUAGCUCACUGUUCCUGGAAGUCACUGAGACACCGAGCAUCGAGAAACCAGCAUUUUCUGUAGCAGGCUCUGCUUGAAUGGAAAAGAUGAGCUGAUCUUCAUCCCUCUUGUUCACUAGCCUGGAUUAACCCUCACUGCAGCAAAAGAGGCUACAGAGGCUACAAAAUGAGCUCUUAUAGAAAGGGUGAAAGGCUUUCUUCAUUCACUGGGGCCAGGUGUUUGAUAGCCACUCUGAAAUACAGUGUCACACCAUAGGCCAAAUGCAUCCCUGAUGUAACUCAAGUUCACUAGAUUUAUGCUAGGACCACCUCUUAUUUUCUUAUCUUGCCUAUCAGAAUUGAAGCACGAGCAGUUCUUCAGCCAACCGGACUGCUCUGGUGGCCAUGUCCUCCCUGGGCUCUGCACUUCAGUAAGGGAAGUGCCUUUUGGAGUACAAACAAUUUCUCCACCACAGACUCCCCCAAAAUUGUCCUGGUUCAAGUAUACGUUGAGGGAGUGGUUACAGCAUGUGCCAUGUACUGAUGCACAACAUAUUUGAUAAUGUGCUUUAGGAGGCAUAUAAAGACUGUGUGUGCCAGAGGGUAAAUUCCAGUCAGUUAAAUGAAACUACUCGUAUGGGGGUCUGCAUUUGUGUUAUGGAUAAGGAGGAGGAGUUUAUAGCUUAUAAUCUUGUAAUUUGGAUUCUGUUUCUUGCUGCAUGGCUGGAGCCAUGCACUGUACUCGGAUGCCUCAGUUUCCCCUAUGUGUGGUAUAGGAUGUACUGAUACUGUGGUUUGGUUGGGGAUCAUGAGGGUUUAUUAAUGCCUGUGGGGUCCCCAGGCAGAGAGCUCUCUGGAAAUGCAAACUAUUACUGGGUCACUGGAAAUGCACUGGCUCAUUUGCUGCUUUUUCGGGCUGACUCAAAGCUUGUUAUUCCACAGCUGUGACCGUCACAGCCAUAGCCCCAGUGCCAAAUUUAUCUGAGUCUGAUGGCUGUGAUGAAUCUAAUGAGAUCCAGGACGCAGCUUAAGGUGACCAGGACAUAGCACAUGCAGGCAUUCCUAUUGCUAUUUCCAUGAAUGCAAUUAGCCGAAGACGAAUAGUCCAAAGGUUUUUCUCUUUCAAUGGUUUUGACUUGCUUUAUUCAGGGGAGAAAGAAAAUCCCUUCCUUUCCCUCUGUGCCUAAAAUUGGCUUAGGCUUCUCACUUGACACAGGUUGUCGAGUUGAUUUUGGUCAGCCUGGGGGCUUUACUUUCUCAGUCAGGUUCUAAUGAGGGCUGGCCCCUGAUUUCAGCUCCUCAGUGCAUUAAUCUGGAAAAGAAAACACCACAUACACACCCCCUCUGAACACCAGCACAGGCAUCUGUCAAAGUACACACAAAGGAGGAGAGAAUGAGAAGGGGUUGGGGUUAACCUGGGGUGUCACACUGUUUCUAAGCGGGCACUGGUAUUUGCAUGUAAUGAGAUGACUUUUUGAGAUGAUUUUUGUGGCUGUGCAGAGUUCAUGGAGGUGACUGGUUUUUAUUUUUUUUCCUGGCAUGGGGGCUGAAGAAAGAAGGGCUAAAGCACUGAGGUUUUAUGAGUCUCUGCUUUGCCCCAUCCUGUCCCCUAGAAAAAUUUAUUGCUGUUGAAGUUUCAGGCUUCACAGUCAACAACCUGUAGUAUUGCAAGGCAAGGCUGUGGUGUGUGAAUCCUGUCCUGAGAGUAUGGCCUCUUGGGAGGGAACUGAGCGAGCAACCCUAUCUCCUGCCUCCCCCCUGCCACCGCCGUGGAAGCACUGUGGUUUGGUUAGUUGCCUGGAUAAACAGCGGUGGGGAGGUUUUUCUACUCGAGCGUGUGUUCUGGGCAAGUGUAACGGCGCGGUGCCGGAGGCUGCCUGCUGCCUCUGGUGUUUGCAGAGGUGCUGAAGGUGCUGUCUCUGGCAGUUCCCUGCAUGCACUGCUCAGCCCUUCUGUUGCGUGUGGUCUCGUUAUGGUUUGUGCAAAUUCUUGCUACAGCGUGGGAAGUUGCCAGAGCAGUGAUGUUUAUGCUGCUGAUGAGCCUGUAAAAGUGUCUUUGUUCAACUGCCUCAGUUCUUGGAAUUGAUCUAGGCUAGGCAGCAUCUUGAAAAACAGUAACUAGAAAAAGAAACUCUUCCACCUGAUGCUUUCUUAUUAACACAGAUUCAAAGGGAAAAACAGAGCCACUGCAAAAGAGUGCAGGCAUCCUGUGUGGUGAGGAGGUGUCGGGAGCUGAGUCAGGCUCACAAAACACCAUUCAAACAAAAAUCCAUGAGUACCGGCUCAGCUGGAUGCAGCUUCAUCCCUGUGCUGUGCCCACAAGGUGGGUGAGUGUUUGCAGGGGGCAGAAUAGCUAACACAUGCUUAUAUAGCACAAUACCAAUAGUUUUGGUCCUUGUACUGUGGCCUUACAGAUACUGCCUACAGGAGCAAAUUAUAGUUGUCCUAUUUCUGAGUAACAAACUGGUCACAGUGAAAUAAGGAAUUACAGUGCAGGAUCUCACUGAACCAUGACAACAAUCACAAAUUUUCAGCAAACUGGUUUUCCAGCAGCCUUGAAUUUUUAUGGGUGAGGAAUAGAAAUUUCCUUUGAUUUGGGCCUUAUGAUGAAAAUGUUACCUUUUUUUUUGUUACCAGAAGUUGUAGGGUUGCUUGCCUGCUCCCCUGUGCGCAGUUCUGAUACACAGCUCCUCUUCCGAGGCUCGGUAGCCCUGGGACAUGAGGUCAUACGAGCUGUGAGGUUUGUGCUAGAAACACCAGGCUUGAAACUUAAAGCACUCAUUAUUAUUUCCAUUAUAGAACCAUUUAGCCUUUUGCAGUCUGGGAUGCCUUUAAUGUUACAGGCAUAUACUGCCCAGCAGCCAGCGCCUGGGAAGCUUGCAUUUGAUACCAGCAAGGCAACCAAAGGGAGAAAAGGGACCCGGAGCCCAAGGACGCACAGUGGUUUGUCCCAGCAUAGCUGAUAGGUUGGGGCAGAAAUGGAAAUAGGCUUUAGGUCUCCUGAGUCUCAGCCAGCAUCUUUGCUGCCCCUCAGUUGAGCGUAAAAUCCUCCGAAAUUGAUGGUUGGAUCACUUUUGGCUCCUGACUCAAACAUAACUAGCAGAACAAAGUUACAGUUGAAAGACUGUACAGUAUUUUUUAGUGCCGUGUUGUGCGCAGUUAGGACUCUGAAACAAUGCUUGAAAUACAGUUGAGAUCUACUUCAGAUGGACAGAGCCUUUGUGCAGCUGCAGCCCUGGAGUGUGCCUGCGUGCUGGAGCGUGAGGCUCUCCUGGGAAGCACAGAACAGUCCCUUCUGAAAAUGUUGGAAGUGAAUUUUCUGUAUAACUAGGCCUGAAUUUCCCUAAUUCAUGCUGUGUUCAUGAUUGUUUAGUGGAUUUUGACGCUGGUUGAAAUCAGUAAUGUGGGGAAAGGACUUUCCUUGGAGGCUUGCAUCGAGUUUGCAGCUCUGGCCAGAAUAGAGCCCUUUGCCCAGCUGCUUCCAUGCCUCGGUCUGCUAAACCUGCGAAAGGGGAAGGGCUGUGCAGCAAACAAAAGGCAGCUUUGACGUCAAGACCUGGGACUGUUGCCCUGACACUGGGAGGUGGAGCGCCGAAAAGAAUCCAUAGUUAAUAGGCUCUGGACUGGAGUGCACUUUGGCAGAGGGACAGCUACUACCCCUUCUUUCCAGGAAUAAUAUUGUUUAUUUCUAUCUCACUCUCUCUGGCUAAAGUUACCCUAGUCAGGUUUCACUUCACCUGUCUCUACCAUAAAGUCAUCAGAGCCCAAGAAAAAUCCAGUCAGCAGACUCCCUGUUCUCCAUACCCUCUUCCCCGAAGAGCUACACUGUGUGUUUCGUUUCUUUGCUUUGACAAGUUCACUGCCGCAACUUUCUCUUAUUGAAGCUUUUGCUGGUACAAUUUAAUAAACACAUACACAUGCCAUUUGCUUUGUUUCCGUGUGGCUGCACGCAUAUGUGUAGAUGUUCAGGUGAGUCUCAUUCCUACCUGCCAAGGAGGAACAGUCUCUGCAGCUGUGUGUACGUGCAUUGAAUUCACUGCGUUAACAGCAGCAGAUACUUCUGGUUUGCGCAAAUGGCUCUGUCCUGUGGACUAAAGCUUUGUUCUGGGAAGUUUCAAAAUGUUGCAACGCAAUGCAGUAACAACCUGAAGUUCCGUGGAUUUGUUACAUGGUUUUGAUUGGCUCUGGAUUUGUCAAAAAAGGGACUAUUUUUACAUCAGUUUCAGGUUGCCAGCCUUUCCUGGGCAGACUUUACAAACUGUUGAGUCAUGGACCAAACCUUUAGUAAACUGUCCCAUAUUUUCUGUUUUAUUCAUCUUUCCUAGCUCUGCUGUUCAGGUCAGUGAGUAUUUGCCCCCUGUGUACUUAUGAACACUGUGCAGCCUUUGAGGGUUUAGGAGCUGAACCCCAGCCUCUGGACAGGAUGGCAAAGGCGCUCUCAGGUGCAACUGUAUUUGGCUGUGUAUGAGCCAGGAAGAGAUGAAGGAGGACUUCAUGACCAGCUUUGGAAAGCUUCACUCAGUAAAUCAAAUGCAAGUUUGUCUCAGAGUCCUAUGAGUGGUAUGCCCUGAUCACUUGUUCUUUAGGUUGGCUGUAGGGAGCAACCUGUAAAUAGACAUUCCUAACACCGCGGGAGGCAGUACUGCUACUCAGACUGGUACAGUUAUAGACUUUUUCACCAGCUCUUAGUUAACCCUUCUGAGAUUUAAGAUCGUGAAAGUGUGUUGUCACUCUUUUUACAUAUGCAUAUGGUAUGAAUUAGAAGUUUUGAAAACAGGUCUGCAAGAUAUUAAUGAUGUAAGAGUUUAUAGCUCUCCGGUUUUGAUAUUUUUGAGUUAAAUUCACCCCUUUAUAAUAUGUGAGUUCGUUUUUUCUGUUCGCUGUCAGUUACUUUAGAUUGUCCCUGGUGAGAUCUGAGUUGCUUUGCUAUGUUGGCCCACCUCAAAUUUGAGUGUUAAAAAUCAUGGAAAUUGUUUAUGUCCAAAAAAAAAGUUUAACCUGAGUGUUUGGCAGCUCCUCAAACAGGAAGAUUUAAAAGGGGUUGUUUUUUCCUCUUAGUUCCUAGUACAAGCUCGUUGCUCUCAUCUUACAACAUGCGCUUGGGGAUCUGCAAGUUUUCAAGCUCGAUUCAGAGCUGUCUGCUUCACUCUGUACUUCCCUAAUCUGAAUUCCUCACUGUGUAUGUGUUGUAAGAGUUUCUUUGUGUGUCAUUCUACACAGAAGCCAGAUCCCAAGAAGCAGUAAAAAGGUUCUUUUUAAAAAAAUUAGUUUCCUCUUCCAAUCUCUUGCCCCUGCUGUAUGAUCGGGUGGUUGGCAGAUGAGUGAUUCUGCUCUUGUCUUGUCUGAUUUCCUGGAAGAGCUUGGCUGCUGGCUGAAGUGACCGCAGGAGAGAGGAUGGGAGGGACUGUCUUGCAAAAAAGCUGGUGGCAGAUGAGUGCUAACGGAGAAGAAAGAGUUCUUGGAUCUAGUUUAAUUUCCCCAGCCUUCCUAAGAAAGGGAGGAGAAUGAAUGCAGCUCUCCAACACUGCGCUGUUCCAGCUGCCUUCUGCCCUUCCAUAUAGGCUCUGGCUCAAUGUUUCCAUGUUGAGCAACACAGAAGAUGCUCCAGUCUGGAUUUACAGCAUGUUAACACUUUAGAUUAUACCACGGUUUAUUGCUGUUUUCCACUGCAUCUUAAUUAGAGCUUAUAUUAUGUUGUUACUCAGAGCCUUUGUCAUCUCUUUAGACUGCACUGUGAGAAGGGGGCCACCCAGAUGUUUCGGCAGUGGAGGGCAAGGUGGGGUGCUUGGAGACACAAGAGAGGACUUGAAACAUAAGCACGCUGGCUGAGUGCUUCUGAUAAACUGGUUGGCAGUCAAGUAAUUGGCACUGGCACACUGCUAUCACUGAGUAUUGAUGCAAUUUGCUUGGAUCAGGUUUUCAAGGUUUUUUGCCCAAGUCCUGGUCCUAGGAACCCCACCGAUGAACUGCAGUUUGUCACAGCAGAGGGAAAACUGGUGUGAUAAAUUGUAUGGCUGCCCAGCUAUGAUAGUUGUAGCUGGGGGAUGAAAACAGGCAAGUGGGGAAUUUCUGAGUAUCAAUAAGGGCAAAUCCUGGCAAUCAAACCCCUGUUUGGAAUGGUUUCCAAACUAUGUCUCUGUGGGAAAAGGCUUUGCAUUUUAUGCUAGCUGAGCAGAAAUACUUGCUGGUAAUGUGUAUAGAAUUAAGCCCUGAGAGGAAAAGGAUUGUCCUUGGUUUAUGAAGCUCACUCUUUGACAGGAAUGUUGCUCUUCCAUCAGCUAAUUCCUCUAAGAAGAGCUGAGACAAAGGAGGUGGUUGUUAGAGUGAUAAUAGGCCAAAAGGAAAAUACAAAAUAAACUGCAAGAUUAAAAUAUAAAAUCUUCUGCUUGUUGCCUCCUGAAAAUGGGGUUAAAACCAUAAGCAAGAUAAUAUAUUUAUUUUUAAUGUUUAUUAGUCAAGUAGAACUGGAUUGAUAACGUGCGGCAGGGAUUAACUGACUGUGUCACAGAGUGGACCAUCUCUUUCUGAACUCAUCUCUCUUUCCAUCCAAAAGGGAGUGGAAUAUUUCCCCUUCCAGUAGUUGUGAUGGACCCUCCCUUCGAAACCAUGAUUUACAUGAAGAAGUAAUUCCAGCGUGAGGUUCAUAUUUUCCAUCAGAAUCUGCUAAUACACAUCUGUGUUUGGAAACAAGAGAAGCCAGCCUGUGACACUUUCAUUUGCUACACAAGUCCGUGUCACAUUAUGACUUGACACUAAUGUGAGUUAUUUUGUUGUUGCCUGCAUGCCUGAUUUGUGCUGUUUUGUGUAAUGAAGGCUCAUCUUUUCAGGUAAGAGAGGCUGUGUUAUAGAGCCAGGCAGUAGAGAGCUAAGGCACAUAAAAAAUCACAGCCUUCAGGUACCUUCUUCAUGCAGCGCAUCUGCCCAAGAGGGACCUGCGUACUGGGGAGUGUGCGGAUCUCGCCUCCUCCCUGUCUGAAACACAGAUUGGCCAAGCACGAUGAAAUUCUUCCCUUAACCCAGAGCCAAGCUAGAAGGUUAUAUGCAGCCUAGGGGUGCACGAGUGUGUCAGACAGAAAAUGGUGUGGAUGAAGAGACAGAAUGGAGUAACAGGCAGUUGUAGGAGCGGCAAACCAGCCCGGUUCCUGUCAUCUGAGUGGUCUACACUGAAAGUGGGAAGUGCAGCUAUUCACUUGGUAACAGAAUCAACGACUUCUGCAGCAAAGUGUUUCCCCACUACCUUAAUGACCAAACUCUUCCUCCCAGCUAGUUUUCAGCAUCCUGAGGCGCUGAGGUUCUUACAACAUUUGCACACUCUUGCUUGGAGCUGCUGUUUGUGAAUACCUCUGAAUCAGCAGCCUGGCAGGUCACACUAACCCCGCUCCUCACUCCUAAGGAUUUGAUCAGCAAGAGAAGGUUUUUCAUGCACAAGGAAGCCUUCAAUCACCUCUAUUCUUGGGGACAAAAAAGAGUAAUGUGGAGUGCCCAUGUUGGCCCCAUAUGGGGACCGUUUAGCCCUCAGCUGAUCUGCCUCAUUCCAGAAAUCUUGCAGUGCUAUUUUGUAUGUGUUCUUUCUGAAAUGUUGCCCUGCGCCUCUCAACCAAAAUGGCUUUCAUAGUACAUGACUGGAAGGAAGGGAAUUAGAGGGGCGAAUUGCAAAGAGUCUUAGAAAAACAUGAGGAGUAUUCCAAAACCAAAGUCUUAGAAAAGAAGGAGGUAUUUUCAAAAAGAGUAACAGAGAUUUUCCAAAAGAUUCCCUGGAAAUAUUAGGUCAUGUUUUAGGCUUUUUCAGAUUUGCACUUUAAUCAUAACACCACCUUUUACUACUACUUAACACUUUCAGACAUGUGCAAACACAUAGCAUGUGCAUCGUGCAACACGUUUCUUCAACAUAUUUACAGGCUUGGAGGUAGUGUUUUGAACUCUGCCUCUGCAGUGUUUGGCAAUGACUGCGAUGACACUUGCAUGAUGGGAAGAAUCGUUGCCAAGUUGGGUAACUUCUGACAAGUAUAAACACAGCUCUGCCUUCUGUAAACUAGAUUUCAAACCAUAUUGCUGUUCUGGGGAAGAGACAGUCCUGACAUUAAAGAAUAUACAGUCUCUCUGGUCUGCUAUUAAAUCUCGUUGCCGGUUUGCGCUGAGUGAGCCUAUGAAGAACAAGCAGCAAGGGACAGUUGGACAGGAUGGGCGCCCCAGGAGCUUAGCACUGGGACUUGCUGUCUCUUUGUUACAAAUAUAUCCCAGAUCUGUUGUUUUUAGGAGUUGUCAUCACUGAAAGCUCUGUCUCAGCCAACAAGGAAUGAGUUUGCUGAGAUCAAUCUAGGUUUGUCUGCUCGGUUUUCCAUGGACUAAUGUUUACAUCCUGAAGUGGCAUUGCAAAUGUUCUGGCUGGCAUGUUGGUAGAUGAAUUCAAGUGAAGCCAGGAGUUAACUGUAUAAUGCAUGAUGAGCUUUUCUUUUGCUUUUAAUGAAGAAAUGUCCCAGUUAGGGUUUGUGCAUGCUGGUGGGGCAGUGUGUGAAGGAAGGUUUUUCUUGUAUUAAGUAAGCUGCGCUUCAGUGUUACGGUUUCCUCUCAAGCCAAAUCCACAUCAGAGUUACACCGGGGGGAAAUUCCUUGUCUGUAAAACCUGGAAUAUCAAGUGGCAAAUUCAGCCCUGAAGUAAGUGAAUUCCCAUCACACUCAGUAGAAAACGAACCUGGAUUUAGCCCAUUUUGUUUUACAGGUUUCACAGGCAGGGCUGUUUCUGUAAGAGCAGCACUUCUCCAACAGCCACAGUUGGAAAAGUUGCAGCGUAUCUUCUAGAUCAAGGCAAUCACAUGAUGGAGUUAUGCUGGCUGCCAGGCUGGAGUCUGAGAAACUCGAAUCCUGGCUGAUCUCUGCCACUGAUUUUUGGUUGACCAGCUCUUCCGUUGUCCUUCCAUCUGGCAUAUUUAUAUCAUAGGUUUUUGAGAAAUAGCAAGUCUCUGAUUAUAUGUUUGGACAAUCUAAUGCUACAGUAGCCAGUAUUAUUUAAAGUUUUUAUUGUCACUGUAGUUUCAUGGGGGUCCAUUAGAGCAAAUGUCUUUCCUGCCUAGAUAGAGUACUCUCUUAAAAUAGCUAUUUUUACAAAAACCGACAUUGUGUUCAUUUUUGCAACUCAAAUCUGAGCUGCUGCAACGUGCAUUUACACUGCAUUUAGGAAGUAAUGGCAUUCAGGAGAAAACUCUUACCAGUAAGGUGUGAGAAAGAGGAGCAAAAGGGUAAAUACAGUGCUGUUUGCAAAAGGAAACCCUUUUCUGCGCACCUAGGUUGGUGUGUCAGAUGGGGAGCAAUUCUGACUGGAUCCCUUCCUCUGCUGGGGCAGGCUGCUUUCUCUGGGGUCUGGUCUUUUCUACAUUUAAAUUAUUCAAAUGAUGAUUUUGCAAGAAUGCAAGACCAGCUCCGUGUGGAGCUGACCUGGGGGCCAUCUAGUCCAACAACAUGUCUCCAGCCAUGACCACUGCCACAGCUGAUGAAAAGGAAAUUGCAAGGAUGAAGCCACUGAUGAUUUGCAGUAAAAUUUCUUUUUUGUUCAAUCUCAUCUCUAAUGAAUAUUAGCUAAAGUUCUAGAGCUUUGUUGUAUUCCAUCCCCUCUCCCAAUCCAAAACCUCUCUAAAUUAUUAUGUUAAGCCUGUUACAUUAUUAUGGAACACCCAAAUUGUAUUUUACUUACAGGAAUCCUUUUCAUAGUUUCCUUUUGAAGUUUAUUGCCCAGGCUAACAGUGAAGCCAUUAGAAUGAUUUUUCUUCUGUCUGGUCUACAUUUUGCCUACCAGUAGCCUUCUCCUUUGAACAACAUAACUGUUUUUCAAGUGAAAAAAAAAAAAAAGAAUGGUUUUGCUAAAAUUUGGAAGAGUGUGUUUGUGUACACUCAUCCAUCUAUGUGAUGUGAAUGCUGAAAACCUCUAAUCUCAUUUUAUUCCCAGGCCCACUUUGUCAUUUUUCUUUAAACUUGCUUUUUGAUGUGUAGCAGAGGUGACGAUGGAUAUCUGAUUGAUGUUGCAGCACCGUGUCUGCUCCCAAAGGCCACUUGCCUUACUCGUUUGUGCAGUGUGUAACAGAAGCCACACAAUCGUUGUGUUUCUCUGGAAGCGUAAGCGGAAGAUCAAAAGGGGGUUCACAUGAGGCAGCAUUAGCCUCCAGAUAAAGCCCUGUCUCCAUGCGUUCCUAUUCCCUGACACUCUGGCACCCAUGAUUAUAAAAAAAAAAAAAAAA